CGCAGCUUCUUGACGAGACGUCUUUCGUGGCAUCCGAAAAGCAAGCGUUGGAUCAACAUCUUGCAAGCAUGGAGAGGGGGAGGAUGUCAUUUGUCCAUUGGCCGGAAGCCAAGGGUGCCACUAGACGUCGAAGAAUGGAAGGACUGUCCCCUCUCAGCAGUGCAAUACCGGCAAUAUUCGUCCGUCUUCGGGAUGAGAGAACUGCUUCUGCGGCCCUGUCAGCCUGUUCAUUCCUCAUGGCACUAGAAUGGGCUGGAGCCCACGUGUAGCCGGUAUUUCCUAGUAGAAUUAAAAAUACAAGCGUAGGACAAGCGUAUGAACAAUUAUAGGCAAGGCGGAAUUUUUCUAACAUCUUAAAGGUAGAUACAAAUAGGUAACGAACAUCGACGCACGUUCACGUGUGGCGAAGAAGAAGAAGAAGGGCAAAGACGUUCGGUGAUUGCUAUCAUUUCUGUUCCACGGUGCGGAAACUACGGCAACAUCACUUUGAACAAUGAACAGCAAAGGGUACGAUCGCGACCACCGCAGCCACCGCAAGAGCGCUCCGCGCACUAAGGCGCUGAACACUUGGCGUGUUGUCCAUGUCCUGCUCUAUCUUUUUGCCAUUGGAACUUCCAUAGGCGCACUUACUAGUUACAGGAGCAUCAAUAACAAACUGCAGAAGGGAGUGGGAAAGUGCAUCCUGUACGCGAGGCCUCGGGUUCAUAUUGUGCAGAAGAACAUGACGUGCGGCAUAGACCUCUCUACGUCACAGUGGGGAAGUGACGCCGUGUGCAACUUCGUGUUCUUCACCAUCCUGGCUUCCUUCGUGUACGGCAUCAUCGCAGUGUGGUUCUUCAUCAUGUGCGCUCCAUCUACCAGGUCUAUGCAGGAAGACAGCAUAAUUCAAGUGUGGAAGAUAGUCCCCCCGGCAGCGUUUUUCAGCUUUCUCAUUGCACUGCUUACUCUCGCAAUGGCAUGGAGAGUCUCUGCGGGUCUUAAUACGAUUUUCCGGGAUCUCGAAGAAGGAAGCCAAACAAACUGCACGAAAGGAGCAGAUCGAAAGGAAGUUGCGCCAUGGGACGACGACAGCAUCACGGAAUUGUAUAACAAGCGGCUGCCUGUGCAGAUUUUCGUGUGGUUGAUGUUGGUGAGCUGGCUGAUGGCGACUCUCUCGCUCCUCUGUCGCUGCAUGAUGGCCGCCGACUUUACGACUGACGGUGAAGUCAGGCUAUUACGCCGCGUCAUCUGGCUCUUCGGUGGCGAAGACUACUUUGACCUCUAGCUGUUCCAUUAGGCAACAUAUUUGCUACUCUUGAACUUGUUAAACCUCGUGUAACGUUCAUAAUCAAUCAUUUUUAUUCUGCGUAGUUCUUCAUAGCCA